GUCAUUAUCUGAGCAGAAGGCGUUCAAAGUUCCGACAAAACUCCUCUUCUUUGUUCGCCACCCAACCCCUUAAUGGUUGAAGAGCCGAAUUCUCCAUUGUCGGGUGGAAAACCAUAAACCCUAAUCCGGUUUCGGUCAGGUCGGACAAACUAACUUUUACCGCCGAUUUUCUUUGUUAAAAAACCCCGAAUUUUCAGUUUUUUUUAAAGGAAGAAAACCCCCCUGCAUUCAUUCUUCGGCUACGUGAAAAAACAAAUAAUUAAAUAUGCACAAAAUUUAAGAGAGACAAGAAAAGCGUGGAAGAGGAAAGGAUCGCUUUACAACCGAAGCAAGAAUUUCCCUUCCCGUCGGCCAUCGCUGCGAAUCACUCGGGUUACUCAGCAAGAGAAAGCAUUGUUGAGAAGGGGCAGAGACACCAUUGGAGUAUCCUCAACAUGGAUCAGAACAGAUGUUUCAAUAGGUGAUGCUUUAAGUGAUGAAGCUGAAAGGAGUCUCGACAGACAUCGAAGAACAGAACAAAGGUGAAUAUUCUCUCAUUCGCAAAGAUGAGGAGACGGAGUUGGGAAUGUUUGAUAAGCCCCUUCCUUGCUUCGGUUGUGGAAUAGGAUGGUUCUCGUUUCUUCUCGGGUUUGUAUGCCCUUUAGCCUGGUACUUUGCAACAGUCCUCUACUUCAUGAGCUACUAUCGAAGAGAUCCGAGGGAAAGAUCGGGUCUUGCGGCCUCUGCAAUAGCGGCUUUGGUAUUUACCGUUGCUCUGAUAAUCACGGUACUUGUUCUCGUGUUCUCACAUCACUAGCACACUCUUUUUACGAAUUCAAAGGAGAUGACUCUAAGACCGAGUGCCGGAGCUGCUCUUAUUUGUAUAUUUUCCGAAGUAAAAGAUGCUAUAGAGUUCUAAGCCUAGAUAAAGAAGCAUCGGUAUGAACACUUCUUUCGCUUACUUAGAAAAAUUCAUACUGGCUUGUCAAAAUAGAAACUUCCUGGACAAUUCCAGGCAUCUUCCUGGAUAAUUGCAUUAGGAUGUAACCGAAGUCAGAACAGGAACAGGUUAAAUGUCUGAUUGUGUUUCGUUAUUGGGGGCAAAAGACCAAAGCCGAGGAAAACCCUUUUCCUGCGGACAAGCAAGAGAAUUUUGAUU